GGCGGCGCUGAGCGAGGAAGGAGCCCAGGGAGCGAACGCUCGGUGAGUCUCCAUUAGUUCCGGGCGGUGAACGCACAGUUAUAUUUAGCUGCAAACAACCACUGACAGCGGUCGGAUUUCUCGCUGCCCCGUCCGUCAUCUCCGCUGCCCGGAGGGUCUCUCACAGACUUAAGUUAUGAAGAGAUCCAUUGUCUGGAAAACUCCAGGUCCCGAGCAUUCUGGAUAACCGGACCCAUACCUGUACUUGCUUUCCCUCUUCCUGCUUUGUCAAGGGAUAUCAUUUGUAUUUUCUCCCCAGAAACAUACAGGUCACCUGUCUGUGCGUGAGAUGGGAGCUACGCUAUGUCAGCCGAGACUGGGCUUGGUACACGUCUGAGAGCCACAUCUGUAAUGGGUGACGGAGUAGAAGGGGCUCAGAUGUCGGGCCAACAGCAGCCUGCCCAGCCCCAGCCACAGACCCCAAUGAUGCAAACCCCCCCUCCUGAAAUCGCAAGACCCAACCAACCGAAGCGCCAGACCAACCAGCUGCAGUACUUACUGAAGACCGUGCUGAAGACAUUGUGGAAGCACCAGUUUGCAUGGCCCUUCCAGGUGCCAGUUGAUGUGGUCAAGCUGAAUCUGCCUGAUUAUUAUAAAAUAAUUAAGACCCCAAUGGACAUGGGCACCAUUAAAAAGCGUCUCGAGAACCAUUUUUACUGGAACGCCCAAGAAUGUAUCCAGGACUUCAACACAAUGUUUACAAACUGCUAUAUCUAUAACAAGCCUGGAGAUGACAUAGUGCUGAUGGCCGAAGCCCUGGAGAAGCUUUUUCUGCAGAAGAUCUCAGAGAUGCCCCAGGAAGAGACGGAACUGGCAGUUGUGCAGUGCAAAGGCCGUGGGCGGGCAAGAAAAGAACAAGAUGCUUCAAUCACCCCCAUGAGAACCAGAGUCCUUUCUGGGUCACUAGGAGACAAGAGCGCGGUCAAACCUCCAGUUACACCUGUGUCCAAGCCUGCAACCCCAACGCCCCCUGCUGUGAUCAGGGCUCCCACCCCUCCACAAACCAAACCCCAACAAGCACACCCUCCGGCUAUCACUCAAGCUCCCAUCAGCUUCUCUCCCAUCAUCACUCAGGAUGUGGUGGUUCCUACGACAGUAGUCCCUACGCCAGUUCCUCAGCCACUGGCAAAUCAUCCCGCAGUCAUCCACACUGCUGCGCAGCCUGCAAAGACAAAGAAAGGAGUGAAGAGGAAAGCAGACACCACAACACCCACUACCCAUGACCCACUUCACGAGUCCUCCCCACUCCCUAGUGAUCCCAAGCCUCCCAAGGCUGGCCCUCGAAAGGAGAGUGGGCGUCCGAUUCGACCGAUUAAGAAGACCGAGGUGCCUGACUCUCAACUACCUGCCCCCCCUGACUUGCAUCCCCAACCUGCACCAAUUGCAGAGAAGGACAGCAAGACCAGCGAGCAGUUACGGUAUUGUGCAGGCAUUGUCCGGGAAAUGUUUUCCAAAAAGCAUCAGGCGUAUGCCUGGCCAUUUUACAAGCCCGUGGAUGUGGAAACCCUUGGGUUACAUGACUACUGUGAAAUUAUCAAGCACCCAAUGGAUCUGGGUACCAUUAAGGUAAAAAUGGAGAAUUGUGACUACAAGAACGCACAGGACUUUGCCUCUGAUGUGCGGCUUAUGUUCUCAAACUGCUACAAGUACAAUCCCCCCGAUCAUGAAGUUGUGAUCAUGGCUCGCAAGCUGCAGGAUGUUUUUGAAAUGCGCUUUGCCAAAAUGCCAGAUGAACCGGAGGAGGCACCAGCUCCCGUGCCUUCUCCUGCUCCAGGACCCCCGGCCCCAUCCAUAAAAAUCCCUCCGCCAACCUCUAGUGACACCAGCAGUGAUAGCUCUUCUGACAGCGAAAGCAGUUCAGACAGCGAAGAAGAACGGGCACAAAGACUGGCAGAGCUUCAGGAACAGUUGAAAGCUGUACACGAGCAGUUGGCAGCUCUAUCUCAGCCACAGCCGAACAAACCAAAGAAGAAAGAGCGCGAAAAACGCAAGGAAAAGCACAAGCGAAAAGAAGAGGUGGAGGAAACCCGUAAGGGCCGAAUCAGAGAGCCACCAGCCAAGAAACCCAAAAAAAGUGUUCAAGUGUCUGGAGGUACACCAAGCAUCAAGAAAGAAGCACCUCCCCCUGUGACACGCCCUGCUCGUCCAGCUCCGCCUCCAGCACCCUGUGAGUCCUCCGAGGAAGAUACGCAACGAUGCCGGCCCAUGUCAUACGAAGAGAAACGCCAGCUAAGCUUGGACAUUAAUAAGCUGCCAGGCGAGAAGCUGGGCCGCGUUGUGCACAUCAUCCAGUCUCGCGAACCUUCCCUAAAGAACUCCAAUCCCGACGAGAUUGAGAUAGACUUUGAGACACUUAAACCGUCCACGCUGCGAGAGUUGGAAAGAUAUGUGACCUCUUGUUUGCGAAAGAAGCGAAAACCACAGGAUAAAAUAGAAGCUCCCACAUCUGGCAUUGUUAAAGUCAAAAGCUAUUCCUCUUCAGAGUCUGAGAGCUCGAGUGAGUCCAGCACGUCCGACAGCGAGGAGUCCGACCCAGAAACGGCACCAAAUCAGAAGAAAAAGGGUCACUCGGGAAGAGAGUCUAGAAAGCAUCAUCACCCUAUGCAACAGCCUCUGAUCGCACCACCUCCUGUCAUGAAGCCUCCUUCUCCUACAUUAGCGCCUUCUUACCCUCCACCCUCCAGCCUGGACUCCUCGCAUCCUUCUCUCCACCACCCUCUCCAUCCUGCAAAUGUUUUUGAAGCAGUCAUGCAACUUCCUCCUGAUCUGCCUCCUCACCUUGCUGGACAGACAGAGCACUGCUCGCCCCCACACCUCAACCAACAUGCCCUGACAAGCCCUCCAGCCCUACACAACGCAAUGCCCCAGCAGCCUUCCAGGCCAUCCAACCGUGCUGCUGCCCUCCCUACAAAACCUGCUCGGCCUCCCUCUGCCUCUCCACCGCUUCCUCCUCCACAGCCCCACCACCAGCCUCCUGCCCAUGUCCAUCAUCAUCAUCAUCACCACCACCAUGCACAACCCCCUCAUGUUCUUCUGGAAGAUGAUGGACCUCCCUCUCCUCACACAGGUCUCCCUUCCUACCUGCAGCAGCUUCAUAAGUCACAGCAACCUCCUACUCAAUCUCCUAUUCAUUCACUUCUCACAACUGUCAAGGUUCAGUCCCAAGCACCAAUGGCUGCUCCUGCCCAAUCCAUGAGGCACCACCAGCCUUUGGUUUACCCUCCUCCAUCCUCUUCUGCUAGCCCAGCUCCUCCUCCUGCCUCUUCUCACAUACACCAAAUGCAGUCUCCCCCUGUAGUCCCUCAGCAACAGCCAGCGGGUCAGGCACCGCCACCCCCCCAGCAGCAGCAGCAGCAACAACAACAACAGCAGCACCCAGCUCUGCAAGGCACAUUAGUCUCUUCACAUCAGCAUCAUGUGCAGCACCAACAGGCCAAACAACAACAAGUGAUUCAGCAUCAUCAUCAUCAUCAUCCUUCUCCACGGCAGCAGAAGCAAGAGACCUAUCCUGGAGGUCACUUGCGGGAAGCUCCUUCCCCUCUUCUCCUGCAUUCGCCUCAGGUUCCUCCCUAUCCGGGUCUGACCCACCCACCUUCCCCACAGUCUGUUCAACCUAAAAAGCAGGAGAUGAGAGGAGCAUUGGUGCUGCAGCCUCAGCCUCUCGUUAUGAAAGAAGAUAAACGACAUUCGCCUUCAGUGCGUCCAGAGGGCUUUUCUCCCGGAAUGCGCCCAGAACCUCCGAAAGUUCCAGAGGUUCUAAAAGGACCUAGUCACAUCCAACCACGGCCAGAUUUGAAGCCAAUGGACGGUGGGCGUCCCGUACGACCGCCUGAUCAGAGCCUCCCACCUCAAGGGAUGCCGGAAAAAGAGAAACAAAAGCAAGAACCUAAGACACCUGUUGCUCCUAAAAAGGACCUAAAGAUUAAAAACAUGGGUUCGUGGGCCGGUCUGAUGCAGAAGCCGCCAGUCACCCCGACUUCUGCCGGCAAGUCAACAAGUGACAGCUUUGAACUUUUCCGGAGGCAGGCCCGAGAGAAAGAGGAGCGCGAGAGGGCCCUCAAACAUCAGGCCGAGCAAGCAGAAAGAAUGCGCAGGGAGCAGGAGAGAAUGAGUAGGACCCGGGAAGAUGAUGACGUGCAGGAUCAGACGAGGAAAGCCCACGAAGAGGCUCGCAGGCGGCAAGAACAACAACAACAACAACAACAACAACAGCAGCAACAUGUGCAGAGCAACCUCCCUGCAGCCCCAUCACCCGCACAGAGCUCUCAGCCAAUCAUGGAUCAGCGAGAAAUGGCUAGAAAGCGGGAACAGGAGAGGAGACGAAGGCAGGCGAUGGCCCCCUCUAUAGAUAUGAAUUUUCAGAGUGAACUGAUGGAGAUAUUUGAACAGAACCUGUUCUCCUAAGACUCCGGUCUCUUCACCGACACCACCACCUCCAUCACCAUUUUACUCCCAGCGGCUCCUCCCCCCUCCGGUUCACAUGUUUUUUUUUUAAUGUCACCAUAAGAGACGCUGAAUUUUACUCCCCUUCCUGUAUUUUUAUCCCAGCCCCUGUAUGUCGAGACGCAGAGUCUCCAAAAGCGGUAAUAGAAAAUAAGGGUGAUACCUGCCCCCACCCCAUUCAAUCCAAUCGUUGUGCAGUAACAUGUGACAGAGCAGAGACUCUCAAGUGGGGGCAUUUGUGAAUCUGUUUCCUUCUUUUGUCUGUAUUAAUGGCCUCUCUGGUAUUAUUGAAGCUGAAGAGGAGACUGAUGUGGGUGCUAGACAAAUAAUGACUAUUGGGAUGGGGGAGGGGUUGCAGAACUUUGCUCUGCGUGUGUGCAAAUCAUAAUCACUAAUCUGGAAAGCUUUGCUAAUGGCCUGUUUGCUGGAGCAUUUCUGCAAGGGGUACAGCGCUGUCUCCAACCGUCUUUUUAAAUAACUGCCUCUGAUCCGUGCUCAGAUAUUACUUGUAUUAAUUAUUGGAUGUAGUGCAAUGUAUGAAUAAGCGAAGACCUGCAGAGCAGUGAGUAUGCAGAACAAAAAAUAUCCCUUCACAUUCUGGUCUGUUGUGCAGCAUGCGUGUGACCCCCGAGCUCUCCGGAUGUGCAAUGAUAUAAAUGCAUUAAAUAUUGCACUUCCAAGUGGAGGUUGUUUCACGGGUGCUCAGGGUGAACUGUGGCUGCUGCCAUCAUGUGUUUUACAAGUGCACUUUAGGGUUGUGGCGUGCAAAUUGCACUGUAUACAUUCAGCAUCCCCCGUGCAAAUUGCACUGUAUACAUUCAGCAUCUCCCCGUGCAAAUUGCACUGUAUAUGUUCAGCAUCCCCCCGUGCAAAUUACACUGUAUACAUUCAGCAUCCCCCGUGCAAAUUGCACUGUAUACAUUCAGCAUCUCCCCAUGCAAAUUGCACUGUAUACAUUCAGCAUCUCCCCGUGCAAAUUGCACUGUAUACAUUCAGCAUCUCCCGUGCAAAUUACACUGUAUACAUUCAGCAUCCCCCGUGCAAAUUGCACUGUAUACAUUCAGCAUCUCCCCGUGCAAAUUGCACUGUAUACAUUCAGCAUCCCCCGUGCAAAUUGCACUGUAUAUGUUCAGCAUCCCCCCGUGCAAAUUGCACUGUAUACAUUCAGCAUCCCCCGUGCAAAUUGCACUGUAUACAUUCAGCAUCUCCCCAUGCAAAUUGCACUGUAUACAUUCAGCAUCUCCCCAUGCAAAUUGCACUGUAUACAUUCAGCAUCCCCCGUGCAAAUUGCACUGUAUACAUUCAGCAUCUCCCCGUGCAAAUUGCACUGUAUACAUUCAGCAUCUCCCGUGCAAAUUACACUGUAUACAUUCAGCAUCCCCCGUGAAAAUUGCACUGUAUACAUUCAGCAUCUCCCCGUGCAAAUUGCACUGUAUACAUUCAGCAUCCCCCGUGCAAAUUGCACUGUAUGCAUUCAGCAUCCCCCGUGCAAAUUGCACUGUAUACAUUCAGCAUCCCCCGUGCAGUCUGAUAGUCUUCAAUGAUAAACGACACCAUUCGCUUGCCCGUUACACGCGUGCUUCUGUGACCGCGUGUUGCCCAAAACACAUGCAAAGAAUGUAAGCGUGCAAUUUCCUACCCAUUGCACCCGGCCCCCGUGCACACAAUUUUUUUAGUACAUUUCCAUGUGCUUGCCAUUAACGUUUUGUUUGUUUCUAUGUCUUUGUCUAUGUUCUUGGCAUGUUCUGAGGGUGCGUGUACACGGCAGGAGUUUUAUAACCCAAAAUGACUAUGCAAGCUUAGAUCACAGACACGCGUGUAAUCCUUUCUCACACUGCAGGAGAAUACACGCAGCACACACAUGCACACAUCAUUGGUGGGGUUUUUUUGUUUUCUAUUGCUCUGCGUGUAUUUGUACGGGAGGAGCGUGUACACGGCCCAUCAUGGACAUAGAAGAUCAUAUAACCGCACGUUUCUUUACAGGUUUAUUUUGCACAUGUGUUGCUCGGCGAGUAUGUCGGAUACUGUGCAUGAUCACGUGCUUGACGGAGCGCGACUUUUUUCAGUUGGGAGCGGAUGGAUUGCUUUCCCCGCAUGUCUGUGGACACAAUUGCAAUAUAUGCGCGUGCAACUCUGCUCUGCUCAUUCAUUGGCUACCAGCAGAUAAUCAACUGCCACAUCAUGUGACCAUUAAAUACGCCUCAAUCAACGCGGCCUCCACAGCCCGGCGCACCGCAGCUUGAUUUAGUGCAAUUUUCUGCACACACGACCCCAAGACUCCGCAGGAUCCUCCCCCCAACCCCGUCGUCCCCAGAGCUGCAGUAAAAGUGGGAGGGGCUGUGCGACCCCUAUUAGUAGUGCAGACUGUGUGUGUGUGAAUGGGAGGGGGAGGUACUUUAACUCUCAUCAUUUUGGCUUCUUUCAUUUGAAACAAAAUUUGACUGUUCUAACGGCCCUUAUUGCCCCCUCUCUCGUCUCUCUGUAAUUUUAUCCUCCUCCUGUUUCAUUUUGUUUUGUUUUUCUUUGAUAUAUAAAUAUAUAUAUAAUUUGAACUGUUUUAAAAAAAAAAAAAAAAAAACUAAAAGAAAUCCUUUAUGUGCCAUAAACAUUGUCCUUCCCUCCCUCCUCUUUCCUCCUCUCCGACUCCCACAAAACCUUAUCCUUUUUUUUUUAGCUAGUGUCUCCCCCUCCCGUCCUUGUCCCCCUGAGUAACAGGCACGGAAGUCUGUGUUGUAACUGAUUUCAUGCAAUAAAGUCUUUUUUUAUUAUA